AGAGUCAAAGUCCAGGGUCAAAUUAUUAUCAACAAGAGGGUAAAAAUACUAAAUCCAAAUUAAAAGACAGGUCCAUCAAAUUAAUGAAUGUAAAAAUGAGGAGGAUAAGAAUAAUAUUUGUCAUUCUAAUCUUCAGUUUUAUUCUAUUGCUUCAUGUAAUUGUGGAACACAUAAACUGGAAGAUAUAUAAUACAAAGCAACGCUCUUAUUUGUCACAAACAAGUGAAAUAAGAAAUACUGACCUUACCGUUCAAAAAGCUAUGAGACCAAAGCUUAGUAUGACCAAAUACCAAGGACUACAUCAUGGAAAAGAACAGUUUGAUAGAAAAGAACAGCAUCAUGAACAACUAAGAGGAAAACACAACAAACAAGAGCAUGAUAUCCCAAUCAGUAUGAAAAAAGAUCUUCAAGGCACUUUUGAUACAGUUACUGAAGCAGUGAAUGAGAACAAACAUGAUCAAUAUAAGAAACUUUGCUCAUUCAUGAAUACAUAUUCAGUAGAGAUGAAAAGAAGGAAAAUGCAUCUUAUGAACGAAUGCAGCCAAACACAGCCAUCUAUGAUGACAGACAACUAUCGGAAAACAGUUUUCAAGAAUAUUUUGAUCUGUGAAGAACACAAACUCCUCAUCUGUAUUAUACCCAAAGCUGGCAGCACCUUUCUGAGGAAAGUAAUCUACAUGAUGUCAGAAGAAGGCAAACCAAAUACUAAAGAUUCGAAGUCUUAUAAAUUUAAGAAGUUAAGUGAUUUAAACAGUUCAGCAAAUGCAGUAGAUAAAUUAA